AUGCCUCCUACUGGUCUGGCAGGUCUGUUCUUGGCAGGCUCCGCUGUAGACGCGGCGGAAUUUGGGCACCUGCCGGACAACAUUACGGUGCUUGAAGGCGACAGCGUCACUUUGAGGUGUCGGAUCAACGAGGAAGUGACCCACAAGGCCUGGCUGAACCGCUCCAACAUUCUGUUCACGGGCACCGACAAGUGGUCGCUAGACAAGCGCGUCACGCUGGUCAACAGCAACGACAGCGACUUCUCGGUCCACAUCGACAAGGUGCAAGUGAGCGACGAGGGGCCCUACACGUGCACCUUCCAGGCAAACAACAAGCCGCGCAUCGCCCACGUCUACCUCAUUGUGCAAGUACCGGCCAGAAUCGUCAACAUCUCCACGGACGUGUUUGUGAAUGAGGGCGAGAACGUCAACCUCUUCUGUCUGGCCGUGGGCCGGCCUGAGCCCACCGUCACCUGGAAGGACCAGAAAUACGGCCUGGUGAGCGAGGGCGAGUUCCUGGACAUUACGGAGAUCAAGCGACAGCAGGCCGAGGACUACGAGUGCAUCACCCACAACGGCGUGGCCGCGCCCGAUCGGCACAAAGUCAAAGUCACCGUCAACUACCCGCCCACUAUCACCGACAUGAAGAACCUGCCGGCCCACUUGGGGAAGACCGCCAUCUUGCGCUGCGAGGCCAUGGCUGUGCCCCCCGCCUCCUUUGAGUGGUACCACGACGACCACAGGCCAGUGGAGAGCGACAACACCUUGCGGAUUAAAAACGAAAAGACGCGCUCGCUGCUGCUCUUCACCAACGUGACGGAGAAGCACUUUGGCAACUACACCUGCUUCGCCAGCAACCGUCUGGGGGCCUCCAACGCCAGCAUGUUGCUAUUCCGACCGGGCGCCAUCCAGGGUCGAGCGAGCGGUCUCCGAUCGGGCUUCAGCGUUUGGAUCUCCCUCUCCGCCGCCGUCCUGCUUAAGGUGUAAACAAUCGCAAACCGCCCCCUGGAAACGGAAUAGAAGCAAGACCCUCCGACGACAGACCCCCCCCCCCCUCCCACCCACCCCCUUCCCUCGCCCCUCGACUGAAAGGAAUUCUUUAAUUAACGAACCCAUCACUGUGAACAAAAAGUAUAUGCAUUGAGUCAUCGCAUCAGACUGGAGACACUAACUCCGCCCCCACCCACCAGGCCCCGCC